AUGCGGAGUAAGGCCACUCGUGGCCGCACGUCGAGCGCCGAGGAGCAGAUGGACGCCAAGGAGGCCUUCGCUGCGAACCUGCGGGCCAAGAUCCAAGCGCUGCGGCAAGCGCCGCCGACCGCGGCUCGAUCGGCAACGAUCGAUGAAGAUGUGCCUGUGCUCCUGGCGCGCAAACCGAAGCGCAAGCGUACCGAAGCACCGACAGCAAUUAUUGCUUCCGCGCCCGAGAAGACCAGCGCCAUUGUGACGCCGGCUACGAAAGCGGCAGUAACCAAGCCAGGACCGACGAAGCCAGCUGCAGCGGUGGCCAAGCCCUUGCUCGCUGCGCCAAAGCCUGUGACUGACGUUGCAUCGAAGCCAAUGUCCAAAUCGCAGAAGAAGAAGGCAAAGAAGAUGACCAAGUCGGUUCUGCAAGCGAGCACGACAACUUUUGUAUCAACGCCAAGGAGCGAGCCUACGCCAGCAUCGACGCUGCCCAAGCCUACGCCACCGACGCCCAAGCUCAAGCCCACGCCAGCCGCCGCAGUCGAGACUCACGCCAAGCCCGCGCCCAUCAAAGCCAACGCGUGGGACAUUCUACCCAGCGACUCGUCGAGCGAUGACGAGCCGAGCGUCCGGAAGCCUGCUGCGCGCGCGCCCGCUCCAGCACCGUCCGACUCGGAUUCGGACGACAUUGGACCGCCACCAACGCUUCCAGCACGGACGACGCCGACGCCAACCAAGCCUGCCAAGGCUGCGAACGUACCUACCCAGGCUGCGACCGUGUCUACCAAGGAUGCGUCCGAGUCUACCAAGGCUGCGAUCGUGUCUGCCAAGGCUGCGCCGACGACGGUGAAACGAUUGACGAGACCCGUGUAUCGCGACGCAUCGGAUUCGGAAACGGAGUUUGCGUCGCUCUCGACACCGACGAUGCCGCCGCGCGUCAAGCCCGCCGCUCCGCGCCAGCAGGUCGUAGAUCUCACAAACAACAACGCUCGGCAAGCGCCGACAGCAGCCAAGGCCAAGACGGCGAUCACCAAGGCAGCGCCCGCAAAACCGACCAAGCCCACACCGGCCCAGCCCGCUGCUCCUAAACCGGUCAAGAAGCCGACGAUUCCAUCCCGAAAACCGGUCAAGAAGACGACGAUUCCAUCCCCGACGCCAGACGACGCGCCCAAGCCGAGCACACUGGAAGAGGCUGCAAAGGCGAUGAAGCGACUCCAAGCCCGACCAGUGGCCGUGCCCGUCGUCCCGGCGCAUACAAAGCUCCCGGCAGGCAAGGCCGGGAUUUACGCGUCCAUCAUUGACGCGGCGGCGGUCGAAGGCUGGGACCUCGUCGAGAUGGGGCGGCUCGUGCGGCUCUUUUGCGCCCCGUUUCACUUUAAGCGCAAGUCGACGACCAAGUUUCUGCAAAAGCACUGCCCCGAGUUUGUGUGCGCGGACUUUCUCGAAGGCCUCAACAUCCCUCUGCACGGGCACCAGAUCGUGGCCCUGCUUCGCGCAGGGUCAACGUCGCCGAGUGCCCUCAGCGCCAAGCUCAGCGCGUGCCUCGAGAACGACGUGCUCAAGAUCCAAGACGACAGCGUCUUGACGGCGUUCGUCGACCUCAUUGACGUCGCGACCAUGUCCCGCGACGAAAUCUUUGGCUUCGCGCACGGGAUCAUCGAGAGCCUCCGGACGGUCGACGAGUGCUGCCGCGUGCUGCGCGGGCUCACGACCCAUUGGGGCCAAGACGCGGUGCGCGACCUCGUGCAGCGCAUUCUCCUGAGUCCUGUGUUUGACGACCUCGAGGGCGACCCGGAAGCGAGCGUGAGUGCGGCGUUCCCGCUCUUGACCAAGCUCGACUUUCCGUCGCGACUCGACAUGGAAGACACGAACGCCGAAGGCAACCUCGACGACCUCUGCGUCGAUGACGAGACGAUCGAGUACGACCACAGCAGCCACGAGAGCGACGACGCGCUCGAGGACAUGGAGGCCCGCAUCGCAAAGAAGCGGACCACGCGCACGUUGCGACGAGCCACGACGACGGCCGCCAUCGAGGAGGAUCAAGAUGAUGACGACGGGUCGGACGACGAGUCGGACGAAGAAGAGGCCAGUGUCGCGGGUGAGUCGGAAGACGACGACAUGCCGCAUUGGAAGCCCAAGGCGAAGGCGACGCGUGCGCCGGCGCGCCGAAGUCGCUUCAUUUUGGACGAAGCGUCCGAGGACGAGGACGAGCCCAUGGAGAGCGAUGUCGAGAGCAGCGAUGAAGCGACUAGUGAUUAACGCGUCCUAGUAUACGAAAAUCAAGUCUACCCACGC